GGUCCGGUCGGCGGUUCAAAACCAGUCGGUCUGCAUUCCAGUGUCGCCGUCAGCGAACGUCAAGGAAGCUACGCGGAGCUGAGAGCGGAGAGCGGUAACGUCGUCAGGUAUAAUUCGUUCCCGGCGCGCGUCCCCGGUACACGCGAAACCGUUGGCUGCACGGGAUUCUCGCGGUUAAUAUCUGUGCGACUUCUGUCGUGUUUAGAGAACCGCAAAAGAGCGUGAACAUGAAGUAAGAGACUGAAGCGAGAGAGAGAAGAAGACGGGAUAAAAGUGAGAAGACGCCGGAACUGCACGCUGGAACCCGCGUCGUGACACAAACGACAAAGGAGCGGCCGGGGCCUCCGUAGGGCUUCUCAGGACAUCUUUUUUACACCUGCUGCGAGACAGACACGAGGGAAACAACGCGUGCUCCGCUCGUCCCCCUUCCUAAUCCCCGCUAUAUUGCAAAUUCGCGAGGAAUUAACUGCGCUGUGGUGGAUCUUACGGCGUCGGCUUUACGGUCGCGCGGGACCGAAAAAAAGGAAUGUGUCAAGAUGACGUCUAUUCUCUCUUUAUGUGGCAUCGUCGUUGUCCUGUUCUGCGGCCCGAUCGCGGGAUCGCAUGUCACAGGAGAGAAGAAGUCGUCUCUGGCUAUGUUCUUCACCCGGCAGCCGCAGCCUCUGGCCGCUCCGUUGGACGACACCGUGAACUUCGAAUGUAGCCUCAACAUUGGCGCGAGGCGUUUCGCUUGGUAUCACAGGCCUCUGGUGUCAAAGAAAUGGAAACGGCUGGCCUAUCUGCCCGGCGGCAAAACGUCACAGUACGUUGUCAAUUUUGACAACAAAUCGAGAGCCGGCGACUACCGUUGUGUUGCAUUUUACGGUGAACGUACACCCGGUUUAGCGUCGGAUCCAGCGAGAUUGACGCUUGCGGAGAUAGAGAAAUUCUCCGAUAAGAACGACGUGCUUAUCCAAGUGGCGCAGGGCAAUACGGUGCCCAUCACGUGUCCCGUUCCGCACUCCGAACCGAGGGCUCUGGUGUCGUUUUAUAAGGACAACAAGCUGAUUAAAGAUGUGAAUCUGGUGAAUGGCAAGACUUUGGUCAUCAAGAACGCAACGAUAGCGGACAGCGGAUCGUAUCACUGUAAAGCAAACAAUUACAUACUGAUGCAAGUGUCCGAGGCUAAUCACAAGACGAUUUUGACGGUGCACGCAAACACGACUUAUCAACCGCUGUCCUUCGUCAAACAGCCGCAAACGGAAUACACGGUUCUGCGCGGCAAGAACGUUACGUUGGAGUGCUACGGCGCCGGUUAUCCGGUGCCGCGUGUCUUUUGGAGCCGUUUGGGCAGCACUCUGCCGCUCAAGUCGGUGGUAACGUCCGAAGGUCUGACGAUAGUCCACGUGCAGCCGUCCGAUCGCGGGGAAUAUGAUUGCCAGUUGAACAACGACUAUCAUCGAAUCAAAACGAUGAUAAUCCUCAAAGUGGUGGAGCCACCGAGAGUCAUCAAUCAACCGGAAGAGUCCAUGUUCUUCGAGGGUGGCGAAUUGGAGCUCUUCUGUGGCGUGACGGGCGAGCCCGAACCGACCAUUGAGUGGCUUAUCAACGGCGAGACCUUGAAGCGAAGCAAAACUCAGAUCAUCAGAGGAUCCACCCUUUUUAUAUCCGAAGUUGAGAAGAAACACGCGGGAAUCGUUCAGUGCGUCGCGAGCAACGAAUACGGAUCGCACUCGGGAUACAGUAUACUGAAAGUUACUCCGAAGCAGCACAUUAUCGGUACAACCGAGUCGCAGCCAAACACAACCGCCGAGAUAAACGCAUCGAUAGGAAAGCACACCAGAGGCGGCGGUGGUAUUAGACGCACAGACAAACAGAAGAAGGGUACAGUAGAGAUGAUACCACCAAAUCAGCCUUACGUCACGAGACUGUCAGACACGAGCGUUAUGGUGCGAUGGACAGUGAAGGAAAAUGAGGGCUUAGCUAUACAAUUUUUCAAAGUUCAGUACCGGGAACUUGGUUCCAAGGCGAACAAACAGACUGACGAACAAACCAGCAAACAAUCGAAAUGGAUGACCGCCAAUUCCGAGAUUCCGAGUCACGUGCGAUCUUUCGAGGUGACUGAUUUGCAGUCCAAUCAUACUUACAAGUUCAGAAUCGCCGCUGUGUACUCGAAUAAUGACAAUAAAUUGAGCCCGAAUUCCGUGCCGUUUCAUCUUCAUAAAAAUAUCGAGAGCAAGAAAAUGCCAAUACCAUUGUUGACCAAUACAGAAGCGAUAGGACCGCAUGAGGUGUUGUUGAUCUGGCAAAACAACGAUAAGUCGACGAAAAUAGACGGAUUUUACAUAUAUCAUCGAGCCUCCACGUCGGCCGGCGACUACGUCAAGACCACUGUCGAAGGGGAGGAUGCUUACAACACGACUAUCUCUCACUUGCAAGCUGACACCACGUACGAAUUCAAGAUUCAGAGCUUCUCCGUGAACGCGGCUUCGGAAUUUUCUCAAAUAUUGCGACAGAAAACGAAAAAAAUAAGUGAUUCGGAAGUUGAUCUGGAAACUGAGCAAGAGGUGGCGGAAAAUAAACUGAAACCAGGCGAAAGUAACGAAACUGUCAAUGUAACUUUCAUAAUUGUCGGGGUGGCCACACUGUCGCUUCUUUUAUUGGGCGGUCUCGGCAUUAUGUGCAGACGAGCGAGGCACAAGCAAGAGGGUCAGGAAUCACAGAACGAAGAAAGGGUAACAAGUAAAACGAUAACGAAUGGACGAGUAAUGAACGGUGGAGUCACAGACUCCAAAAUUAACAUUACAUCUAAUCCGCUCGCGGGUCUUGACGCGUCCGAUGAUAUAAUGCAGCCUAAGGUCAGUAUUUUUUUAGCAUUGUGGUCGCGCGCUGCUCUUUAAUUCUACUCGCUCUCUGCACUCUCUCUGGAGCCGCUUUUCUUUUGUUUUUCCGAACGCGACACACGCACGUUGUUACCAAUUACGCGCUCUAGAUCUGAAAAAGAAGAGAAAACGAACGAACGAACGAACGCAUGUUUCUUCUAAAUCCAGAGCGGACAACAGUCGCCGAUGGAAAUGACGUCGUUUCUAAACGGCCAAAACAACAACGGCAGCAACAACGGUCGUAACAACGGCGACGCAACCG